AUGAAGAAGGGUUGUACAGACAUUCCCUUGUUGCUUCUUGACGACGGAACUGAGGUUGAUGUAGUGGGAGUUUGCGAAAUAAGGAAUACGGUAGCAUCCCGUAAUUAUAUAAAGCUGUGCAAUGACGCCAACUUCUGCAACAAUUACUGUAAUGCUGAAGUCACAAUCGAACCACUUCAACCCACCAUAGAACCACCACAACGACAGCCAACGGUCACAUGCUACGAAUGCGAUUCAUAUGGUGGAGAAUGCUUCACAGAACGCCAACAGCGACAAUCAACUGGUACAAUAUACGUCAGGAAGUCUUGCACUAACGUCCCGUUCGUUGAAUACCCAGAUAACAGAGCUUCAACUGCUUUGAACACAUGCGAAUCUCGAAUAAUCGACGACAUUCAGUAUCAAGUAAGAGUGUGUAACGCUGGAAACUAUUGCAAUGUUGCCUGUCCUAUGCAGGAUGAGCAACUAGUUAACUGCUAUCAGUGUGAAGCAACAAAUCAGGCUGACUGUACUACCGGAUCUUGCCAAGGGAGAUACUGCUUGUUCAGUGAGUUUUAUAGAAAGCAACUUGUUAACUGCUACCAGUGUGAAGCAACAAAUCAGGCUGACUGUACCACUGGAUCUUGUCAAGGGAGAUACUGCUUGUUCACAAGAACCCAAACCUCACUUGGCAUACAAAUAAAGAAGUCAUGCUCAAACACAAACGAGCUCCUGUACCCAGACAAUGGUCGAUAUGCCUCUUUUGGGAUUUGCGAGUAUAGGCAAAUAAACUUUGUGAACUACGACUACAAACUGUGCAAUACUUCAUCGUACUGCAAUACUGCUUGUCCGGCUGGACCGUUCUCGACAACAACGUUUGCUCCCCUGACUUCUACAUCAUCGUGGGAUUCUCGCAUUGCAUCUAUAUUAAUACCUAUCAUACUGUACUUGUUAGCUCGUUAGAA